AUGGGACAGAUCAGGGAGAUAGUAGAUUGCAUGUAUCCAGUUGAGAAUCCAAAAGACUCAAUCAUUAUUAAAGAGGGAGAUGUGGGCUCUCUUGUCUACGUUAUGGAAGAGGGUAAAGUGGAAGUGACCAAAGACGGACAAUGGCUGACCUACAUGGGACCUGGCAAAGUGUUUGGAGAACUCGCCAUCUUAUACAACUGCACUCGCACAGCUACUGUCAAAGCACUGACCAACUGCCGGUUGUGGGCCAUCGACAGACACUGUUUCCAGAGUAUCAUGAUGAGAACCGGUCUACUGCGGCACACUGAGCAUAUGGACUUUCUCAGAAGUGUUCCAACAUUUCAAGGUCUUCCAGAAGAAACACUCAGCAAAAUCGCAGAUGUACUAGAGGCGGCUCACUACAAUUGUGGCGACUACAUCAUCAGACAGGGAGCUAGAGGCGAUACCUUUUACAUCAUCGCCAAAGGAAAGGUAAAAGUUACUAAGAGAAAUUCCAAAUCGCAAGAAGAACAGGUGAUACGACUGCUACAGAAAGGAGACUUUUUUGGAGAGAGAGCGCUACAGGGAGAGGAUGUGCGGACCGCAAACAUUGUCGCUGCUGAUCCAGCUGGAGUGGACUGUCUUGUCAUAGACAGAGAAUCCUACCUACAGCUGAUAAGUACACUAGACAACUUGAAACAGAUCUACGAAGAUGAAGAAGACAAAGCUGGAGUGGACUCGGAAUAUGCAAAACUACGACUCAGCGACCUCACAAUGAUAGCCACUUUAGGAGUAGGAGGUUUCGGUAGAGUAGAACUU